GAGAGAUCCGGAGAACUGGAGGAGAGGGGAGCCUCCUGGUCCUCCCUGCAGCCGGUCUGGACCAGUACCAAAGACGACGGAGGAGAUGUUGGAGAAUCCGGAGAUGAAGAGAUGAUCCUUGCCUGACGGCGGAUGCUGCUAACAAACGUCCUCUUGUUUUCUGUGAGUCCAGCUGCUGUGAGUGUGGGUACUGACUGUGACUGCUUCAUCUGGGCUUCUCUCUGUUUCUGCUACAAAUCCAGGACGAGCGAAUGACCAGACGGGAGGCUGGACUUCUUCUGAACUCUGCUUCAUCAGUCUGAAUGAAACUGUUGAAAUCCGGCUCCCUGUGUGUGGUUUUGCACAAAUCCUGGACCUCAUUCUCGCUCUAAUUAAGCCAGAGGGUUGCAAGCUGGUGCCUUCCCCGUUUCUGCGUAGCCUCCCUCCCUCCACCCCCCGGGCCCCAUUGUCAUCAUUAAUUUCUGUUGCGGGUCGCCCAUGAAUAAUGGAAGCAGCAAAACCUCCUCUGGACCAGUGCCUUAGGGGUAGAGAACAAUUGCAGGGUUAAAAAGCACAGAAGAAGAGUGGAGGAGAGAGAGGGGCGAAGGGGUGUGUCCAGCAGCGAAUGGAUGAAUGGAAGAACGGCGGACGGGGAAACAACACGUGCUCUGACGGCCAGAGAGGAGAGGACGAUCCUGACCGCACCUUCACCACAAACAGGAGAAACAUGGAGGUCAACCAUGGAGAUCCUGUCCCACUCCUCUUUUUGAACAUUUACUAGAACCAACCAGACCCAACCAAUGGAUUUCAGCCUCCUCUUUGGGCCGCUUUAACCACUUCCUCUCUCCCAUUCUGACGCCAGUUUGUUUGAAUUUUGUACAGAAAGUCUUUAAAGAUCCAAACCAGGGUAUUUCUAACUGGAAACUCCUUUAAAGAAGCUUUUAUGGACGACUUCUCCUGGAUAACAACCAGUGUGGUCAUGUGCUGAUGAAGAAAUGUGGAGCCACAGGUUAGAAUGUGACUCUUCUGUGUCGACAGUCGUCCAUGAAAGUGCCUGAACUUUGUAGCUCGGUUUGAAACCAAAAAGGAUUAGACAGCAGAACCAUGGAUGACUCCAGUAUUCUGAGGCGUAGAGGACUCCAGAAGGAGCUGAGCCUUCCCAGAAGAGGCAGUUUCUGCAGGACGAGCAACAGGAAGAGCCUGAUAGUGACAUCCAGCACAUCGCCCACACUGCCUCGACCACACUCACCUCUACACGGACACACAGGUACCAGCCCUCUGGACAGCCCCAGAAACUUCUCCCCCAACACCGCCGCACACUUCUCCUUCGUCCCCGCACGCAGCCACGGACACAGAGCUGACAGGACGGAUGGCAGACGGUGGUCUUUGGCCUCGCUACCUUCCUCUGGAUAUGGCACCAAUACUCCCAGCUCCACAGUCUCGUCCUCCUGUUCAUCUCAGGAGAAGCUGCACCAGCUGCCCUUCCAGCCCACGCCGGACGAGCUGCACUUCCUCACCAAACACUUCAGCUCGGAGAGCAUCACGGACGAGGAGGGACGCCGCUCCCCCGCCAUGAGACCGCGCUCCCGCAGCCUCAGUCCUGGACGCUCGCCGAUCUCCUUCGACCAUGAGAUCGUGAUGAUGAACCACGUUUACAAAGAGAGGUUCCCCAAGGCCACGGCUCAGAUGGAGGAGCGUCUGGCGGAGCUGCUCUCCUCCUCGGCGCCAGAUAAAGUGUGCCCGCUGGCCGACGGCGUCCUCAGCUUCAUCCACCAUCAGCUGAUCGAGCUGUCCAGAGACUGCCUGGAGAAAAGCAGAGAGGGCCUCAUCACUUCCCGCUACUUCUACGAGCUGCAGGAGAGUCUGGAGAAGCUGCUGCAGGAUGCUCACGAGCGUUCAGAGAGUGUGGAGGUUACCUUCGUCACACAACUCGUCAAGAAGCUGAUGAUCAUCAUCGCCCGGCCGGCGAGGCUGCUGGAGUGUUUGGAGUUUGACCCUGAGGAGUUUUAUCAUUUGUUAGAAGCAGCAGAAGGCCAUGCCAAGGAGGGCCAGGGCAUCAAGUCAGACAUCCCACGAUACAUCAUCAGCCAGCUGGGCCUCACCAGGGACCCCCUGGAGGAAAUGGCCCAGCUGAGCAGCUACGACAGCGGGAACCCAGAAACCCCCGAGACCGACGACUCCGUGGACAGUCGAGGAACGACCGUCCCAGCUGCUCCGCCACCGCCGGCUAAAACCAAAACGCCUCGAGAGGAAGACUUUGAAAACAUCAAACUCAUCAGUAACGGCGCCUACGGCGCUGUGUUUUUGGUGCGCCACAAAGAAACCCGUCAGCGUUUCGCCAUGAAGAAGAUAAACAAGCAGAACCUGAUCCUGAGGAACCAGAUCCAGCAGGCCUUUGUGGAGCGUGACAUCCUGACGUUCGCUGAGAACCCGUUUGUGGUCUCCAUGUUCUGUUCCUUUGAGACUAGGAGGCACCUGUGCAUGGUGAUGGAGUACGUGGAGGGUGGAGACUGCGCCACGCUGCUGAAGAACAUCGGCGCUCUGCCCGUGGACAUGGCUCGUAUGUACUUUGCAGAAACCGUUCUGGCCUUGGAGUAUCUGCACAACUACGGCAUCGUGCACCGAGACCUCAAACCUGACAAUCUUCUCAUCACCUCCAUGGGACACAUCAAGCUGACAGACUUUGGCCUCUCAAAGAUCGGUUUGAUGAGUUUGACCACUAAUCUGUACGAAGGCCACAUCGAGAAAGACACCAGAGAGUUCCUGGAUAAACAGGUGUGUGGUACUCCAGAGUACAUCGCCCCAGAGGUGAUUCUGCGUCAGGGUUACGGGAAGCCGGUGGACUGGUGGGCGAUGGGCGUCAUCCUCUACGAGUUCCUGGUGGGCUGUGCUCCGUUCUUUGGAGACACGCCGGAGGAGCUGUUUGGUCAGGUGAUCAGCGAUGAGAUUAUCUGGCCGGAGGAGGAUGAAGCUCUGCCUCAGGACGCUCAGGAUCUGAUCUCCAAACUGCUGAGACAGAAUCCUCUGGAGAGACUGGGCACAGGAAGUGCCUUUGAGGUGAAGCAGCACCCGUUCUUCACAGAGCUGGACUGGAACAGCCUGCUGAGGCAGAAGGCUGAGUUCAUCCCCCAGCUGGAGUCAGAGGACGACACCAGCUACUUCGACACCCGCUCUGACCGGUACCACCACGUAGACUCAGAGGAAGAGGACGACACCAACGAUGAUGAACACGUGGAGCUCAGACAGUUCUCUUCCUGCUCGCCUCGCUUCAGCAAGGUCUACAGCAGCAUGGAGCGCCUGUCUCUACACGAGGAGAAGAGGACGCCGCCUCCGACCAAACGCAGCCUGAGCGAGGAGGGCGGAGACCGCAUCGACAGCCUGAGCGGACUGAAGUCCAGAGAUCGAUCCUGGAUGGUGGGCUCUCCUGAGAUCCUGAGGAAGCGUCUGUCCGUGUCCGAGUCGUCCCACACGGAGAGCGACUCCAGCCCGCCGCUCACCGUCCGCCGGCGCUGCUGCUCCGCCAUCAUUGAGAUGCCGCGCUUCGCCAUCUCAUCAGAGGAGGAGGGAGGUCAAGGUGCUGCUGGAAGUCGUAAGAGCCCCAGUCUGCUGGGUCCUUCUGCAGUCAGGGGCCCCAGGAGCGACGAACUGCCCCUCGCCAUCCCAGAGCUCCCGGUGGAGAGAGAGCUGAAGCUGGACGAGUCCCCAACCACGCCGGUGUCCAGCAGCAGCCAGCUGAGCAAGGCCACGCCCACACCGGGCAGCUUGGGUGACGUUCCUGACCGUGGCGUCAGAGGAAAUGGCGGUAACGGCGUCUCCGGCGUGGCAGGUAAAGCUCCAGGAGACGGCGACUCUCCGUCCACUCCGAGGGCCAUCAGCGACCUGGCGAUCCGCCGGGCUCGCCAUCGGCUGCUGUCGGGAGACGCGGACAAACACGCGGCCACGCCGAGCUCCCGACCGCUCAACAAGGUCAUCAAGUCGGCGUCUGCGACUACGCUGUCGCUCAUGAUCCCUGCAGACCACCACGGAGCCUCCCCAUUGGCCAGCCCCAUGUCACCUCACUCGCUGUCGUCCAACCCCUCGUCCCGAGACUCCUCCCCGAGCCGAGACCUGUCCCCCGCCGUGACCUGCACCAAGCCCGCCAUCGUGAUCCACCGAGCGGGAAAAAAGUACGGCUUCACCCUGAGAGCCAUCCGGGUCUACAUGGGAGACUCUGACAUCUACACGGUCCACCACAUGGUCUGGCACGUGGAGGAGGGCGGUCCCGCCCACGAGGCGGGCCUUAGGGAGGGCGAUCUGAUCACACACGUGAACGGCGAGCCGGUUCACGGUCUGGUCCACACGGAGGUGGUGGAGCUCAUCCUGAAGAGCGGCGCCAAAGUCUCCAUCUCUGCCACCCCGUUUGAAAACACGUCCAUCAAGGUCGGCCCCGCCCGGAAGACGAGCCACAAAUCCAAGAUGGCGAGACGCAACAAGAAGACCAAGACCAAGGAGGGGCAGGACAGUAAGAAGAGGACGUCUCUGUUCAGGAAGAUCACCAAGCAGGCGUCUCUCCUCCACACCAGCCGCAGUCUCUCCUCCCUCAACCGCUCUCUCUCCUCUGGGGAGAGCGGCCCUGGAUCGCCCACGCACAACCUGUCACCACGGAGCCCCACGCAGGGAUUCAGGUCCACGCCAGACUCCACCCACUCAGUGGGUGGAAACUCGUCUCAGAGCAGCUCUCCCAGCUCCAGCGUCCCGAACUCUCCCGCCUCCUCUGGUCACAUCCGGCCCAGCUCCCUUCACGGCCUCGCCCCCAAGCUCCAGCGGCAGUACCGGUCGCCCAGACGAAAGUCAGCCGGGAACAUCCCCCUCUCUCCUCUGGCCCGUACGCCUUCACCCACGCCUCAGAGCAGCUCGCCUCAGCGCUCGCCGUCCCCGCUGCCCGGCCACGCUCUGGGACAGUCGGCGGGCGGUCAGUCGUUCCCCGUGAAGCUGCAUUCCUCCCCUCCGCUGGUCAGGCAGAUCUCUCGGCCCAAGAGCGCCGAGCCUCCUCGCUCGCCGCUCCUCAAGAGGGUGCAGUCGGCGGAGAAACUGGCCUCCUCCCUGUCUAGCUCGCCCUCGUCUCCCUCUGGCGUGGCAGGGGCGGGGGAGAAGAAGCUGGCGGUGGGAGCGGCGGUGGGGAGCAGGAAGCACAGUCUGGACAUCUCUCACUCUGAUUUCAAGAAGGAGAUUCUGCAGAGAGAGCCGAGCCUGCAGAGCCUUCAGGAGUCGGCCAGUGAGGGUCUGCUGUCCUCAGGGGGCCGCGGCGUGGAGAAGGGCAGCCUGCAUAAACACUCCUCCUCAUCCAGGAAGUUAGGGCGUCAGGAGGUAGACGGCGGCCUCAGUGGCGUGUCAGGCUCUCUGGGUCUGACCCCGGGGAAGAGCAAGCUGAAGGACAAACUGUCGGCCAUCCGGCAGGACCGAGCCGAGAGGAGGGAGUCCCUGCAGAAACAAGACGCCAUCCACGAGGUCGAUUCAUCCGAGGACGAGACAGACGAAGGCUCGGAGGACAGCCAGGACGGACGCAGAGGGACCACCUUCACCCCGCCCCCUCUGCUGAGACCCACCACUGUGAGGACGGGUCCAGGAGGCACGCUGCCCUCACUCUGCCUCUCCCCCGUCACCCCGCACGCCACCUUCACCCACACGGGACCGUCGUCUAUCGGCCGGCCCACUCCCUCGCAUAGCCUCCCCUCCGUCACGGAAGCCAAGCCUGCUCAGAGCCCGUCAUUACCCGGUGUCAAAGACGCUAAAUCCUCCUCCACAGAAGGCGGAUCAAGGCAAGAGAGGAAGAUCCCAGAAGCCAGUAGCUCCACCAAACCCAGUCAUGGCCCCCUCCCAUUCUCCACGCCGGGCAGUGCGUUCAUCUCAGUCAGCAAGGACACGUUCCUCAAACCAACGCCUCCACAUGACGCCAAAAGCCUCCAGGGGAAGACUGCACCUUCAGAACCUAGGACGGAUGACAAACUUCAAGAAAGAACCACGACCCCUUCCACCACAACCUCUACAAGUACGACAGACUGCAGAACUCCAGGCAGCCAGGACACGCCCCGCACCCCCUGCUCUUCUCCCAGCAUUCCUAAGGAAAAGAAGGAGGCUGACAACCGCAGACUCUGCGCCGCUGCUGCAGCAGCUCAUCUCUCGGCAUCGUCCUUGCCCAGCUCCGGCUGCAGCUCCAGCUCCAGCUCCCCCGUUCCAGCCCCUGAGAGCAGCGUGGACAGAGUGGUUUCUCAGCUUGCGACUGUCGCUAAAAGCGUCCUUGGUCCUGUUAAACUGAGCACGGCUGCAGAUAAGAGCCAGAAGAAGCAGGAACAGAGCAAAGCUGGCACUGUGGAAGUCCAAGCAUCCAGCCCGGUUUCAUUUCCCAAACAGCUUCCUGAGUGCACAACCACACAGAAAACUGAGCAUGCAUCCUCUUCUACCACUGCGGUCAAACCGUUGAAAGACUUUACGGCCCAUCCAUCGUCCUCUAAAGACGUCCGGGAGCGGCCCACAUCGGCGUCCGGAGAUAAAGAGAGCUCGGCCAAGUCGGCUCCUUCACAGCGGUUAGGGGCGGCAGCCGCCAAGCCCGCCUCAAACGCAACCCCCGGCUCAUCUGCUUCAUCUGAGCAACAGCGAAAGAAACCCGAACCCCAAACCACAACUGCCACCGCCGCCGCCGCGGAGUCCGCCACCUCGCAACAAGACAAAGCAAGCGGCAAGAAGACGUAGCAGCAAAGAAAGACCAGAACAAAAAUGUACAGAUGACAUUAAAGUCACACAAACUGCAUGUCUGGAAGAAAACCACGGCACUAAUCAGAGUCUGACUCGUAACGACGAAGAGGAAGACGAAGAGCGGGCGGGGGGCGUGUCAUUCCAGCAGUUCUGUGCCCUUAUUUCAUGUGUGGUGUUCUCACUCUUUUCUUCCUGCUUUCAAACAAAAAGGCACGAGGAGAUUGUGUUCCUUUCUUUCUUAGGCCACAUUUACACGAGAACGAUCCAAUCAGAACAGUCGCUGUAGUCAAAGUUCAACCUACUGCAGAACAUGAAUACGAGAAAACGCUGGAGAUGGGAGCAAGGAUGGAAUGUUUUAUAAAGGAUGACAUCAAAGACAGAGGACAGAAUGUUGGUGAAGCCAGGGUGUUGGGGGCUUUUUUCCCUCUGUUAUUGCCGUACGGUCGACCAUAGUUUGUAACUUUUAUGAAAGCGGGUGAACUGCCGAGAAACCCUGACUUCUAUCAACCAAUCUUUAAUCGUUGCUAGCAUUAGUAGAAUUUCAGGACACUUUACAAAGAGGGUUGGUCUAGACCGUACCCGUCUGGUAAAGGAGCCAAACCGUCACCGUUUUCAUUAUUGUUAUCGUGUAAAUGUGGCCUUUCUCUGCAAAAAUGUACGGGGCUGGAAAUAAAAAGCAAAGUGGUGCAUGUAUCUUUAAUUUCACACAUAUUGCAGAUGAAUUUUCCCUUCAUAAUCAGCAGACAGAUCAGGAUGUGCCUUACUGAAUGAGCCCUCUCUUUGUCCGACGAUGCCCCCCCAAAAAAAUUACAAUAGAACUGACUCUGCUCCAGGCAUGGACAGAUUUCAGCCUCCUCUGGCUGUUUAGAUAUUACAGUUCAACAGCGCUGACUGUCCCUGCAGCGUUACAAACACCCUUCCUGCUUAGAGCCGACUGUAGAGAGGGAUAUUUGUAGACUGCUUCAGGCAGAAAUUUGAACUAUCUGAGAAUUUCAGACACUGAUGAAUCGGCCCGACGCAAUCCUCCCAGAAGGCUGAUCACACAAGUUUGAAUACCAUAUCAAGUCACGUUGACCAGGUGCACUGCUUGGUCUGUAUCUUACCUGUUCUGAAUGCUAGCUAGCUAGCUAGCUAAGUGUUUGUUUUUCCAUCAUUAGCUCCAGUUUGGGUCUGGUUUCAGAUCGGGAAAUAUCCCAAUGGCCUGAGCUACAGAAGCAAGCAAAAGUUUUUGGUUUUCGUUGCCCAGCUUUUCUAGCAAUGACGCUUCAUAAGCAUCGCCUCCCUCUGCUUUGAGUUCAUAUUCCGUACAUUUCCAUGUAUUUGUGCCAUUAACGCUGGUCUAGCUCAUUCAGAUGUGUUUGAAAAGAGAUUUAAAAAUAGAAAAUUUUAAAAUGUGACUGGUUCUGUUGGUUUAGAGAUAAUCCAAACCCAAAACGAGCAGUGUGAGCAUGGCGAACGAUCAGUCCAGGACGUCUAAAUGUGUUUAAAAUCCUGCCGACAACGCCACUUCCUGUUGUGUACCGUUAUACUCCUUAGUGCAGGAUUAGCUACGUGUUUAAUGUUUCCGCCAAUUCUAUCACCAUUUCUGAAUUCUUACGCUCCUAUUUAGCAUCACUAUUUAGUUUUAUAGAAACAUGAUUUAAUUUGCUGCCAGAACCCCGUUCACUGUACCCAUACUAGACUAAAAAGGAGGGUUUAUAACCCGCUCUGUCAGACCACUAUCUUUUUAUUUCCGCCCCAUCGGCCGCUGAAGGCUGCUUGGGUUUUUUUUUUUUUGUAUCUGGACCAAGUUGCUGUGUUUUGUUGCCUCUAAUCCUGUAAAGUUGUCUGACUUUACUUUGUGUAUGUGAGGGAGCGAGUGUGUGUUCGUUUGUGCAUGGUUAUCUUUGUACAUAUCUAAGAAUAUUUAAAGUUCUGUUGUGCAUCUGUUUUAUACCUGAGUGUGUUUGCGUGCGUGUAUUUUAGGGGGACUCGGGCACUCGUACAUGUCGGAUCAGGCUUUGCACAAAGCAUGGAGAUGAGAAAAUCCCUGGAAUGAAAUCUGAUGGAGGUGUUUGACUGGUGUUGGCUUUGGGCUCAGCUCUGUCGCUUCAGUAGAAAAACUACCACAUUAGUGAGCCUUUAGAGGGGAAUUCACGCUUCACACGGUUUCACCAGAAAAUCCAGAAUUUUGUUGCAAUGCUCAGAAAGAAAAGAGGGAAAGAGACGGCAUCAUGUUUGGACAAGCACGGACAGAUUCACGAGCACAGAGCACGUUUGAAACAGUCAUUCAACCAAUCAACGUAAUCUCCAGGUCUACGAAUGAUUCCCAGCUCACAGAUGUAGAUUUCCUAGAGCUGGGUUUAGAUUUGUCCAAGACAGCCUUCCAUUACUACGACUCUGAAGUUCUCGGGGCAAGUCCACAUGAAGAACAGUGUUUUUCAAAGAGGGUUUCCCUCCACAGCUUUCAAAAAUAUUCACAUUCUCUGUCUUCAAAAAUAUCUUUGUCCACCUAAAGAUUCAAAAGCCCAAACAGGGCCUUUAAAGGCAUGCCAAAGCAUGACAUCAUCAUCAAAGGCAGGGAUGGAAUGUUUUAUCAACUCUAGAGGAUGAUGUCAUCAUCAAAGGCUAGAACAGAAUGUUUGAAAAACGGUAAAGCAUGACAUCAUCAUCAAAGGAGGUGAUGGAAUGUUUUAUCAACUCUCAAGGAUGGUGUCAUCUUCAAAGGCAGGGAUGGAAUGUUUGAUCAACUCUCGAGGAUGACGUCAUCUUUAAAAGGAACAGAUGGAAUGUUGGUGAAGCUAGGGUGUUGGGGGCUUUUUCUACCUCUAUUUUUCCAG